GAUGAGUAUGAAGACGAGAAGACCGAAGGCUUCGGGAUUUUAAGAGGUAGGAAAUCGUCAUUUUAGCCUUUUCUUCAUAGCCCACAAUACUUCCCAAUCGCAGUAGUGUUAUUGUUUUCAUUGCGGAAGUUUAGUAGUCUAGAAUUGCAACAAUGUAGCGUUUCCAUUGCCGCAACAAUGUAUCUAGCGUGCUCGAGCUUUCAAUUCACGUUUGACAGUUCGCUCAAAUCAUAAGUGGCCUAUCAUGAUUAGGCAACUGAUAUCAAGUUGGCUAGUUGUUAUAGUUUAUAUGUGUGGCUAGUGGUCUUACAAUCCACCCGAAAGACUUAAAACAAUUGUUUUUAAUAACGGAAUUAUAAAGCCGCUGUGAUUAAUUUUCCGGCCCACCAAUCCUCGGAUUUGAGUGUGUGCUCAGCCGGAUUUAGAAGGUUUAAAUCAGGUCGGUGGAAGGAGGGACAACAACUCCAUUGCAGUACAGUCGACUCUGACUGGUCAUUCACUUAUAGUGAACAUAGUAAUGCAAUGCACUUUAAAUACAUUUGGUUGUUUAGGAAGAUAUAAGGUAUAGAUGCUAAUGAUGAUCAUCAUAAAGGGCUGUCAUGGUCAAAGUUUUGUGAAUCAUUUUGUUGCCUAAUAAUCAGACUGUAGGCCUAAUCACAGUCCCAUCCUUACAGCUGUAACUUCUCUGUCCGUUUUUUGUAUUUCUUCCACUGCUUUGUGUAAUGUGUUGUUGUGAACCAGUCCAGGUGCUGAAGCAGAGACACAUAUCAUUACAGACGUUUUCUCUCUUGUUUUAGUCGCUGCAACUUCAUUUGGGAUCAUUUAGAGUUGAGUGUAAACAUCAGAGACAAUAACUAUUGUAAUGGAUAAAGACCCAGGGGUAAUGGUGGAACAAGCCAAGGGUCUUGCACCUGUGAGGUUUUUUUUGUUGUUGUGUGUGUGUGUGUUGGCUAACGCUUUGGAACUGGUGUGUCUGUCCGCUGGAAUUCCCCUUAUGGUUGGGAAUGGCUCUAUCUUCCUGCUUCUCAACCAUGAGCCUAUUAUUAAACCGCUGUGUGUGAGUUGCCAUAGGAAACCCAGUUUGAAGCAUCUCUUGGUUUCCACUCCAGUGGUUACCUGUGACAUACAGUUGAAGUCGGAAGUUAAAAUAAACCUUAGCCAAAUACAUUUAAAUUCAGCUUUUCACAAUUCCUGACAUUUAAUCCUAGUAAAAAUUCCCUGUUUUAGGUCAGUUAGGAUCACCACUUUAUUUUAAGAAUGUGAAAUGUCAGAAUAAUAGUAGUGAUUUAUUUCAGGUUUUAUUUCUUUAAUCACAUUCCCAGUGGGUCAGAAGUUUACAUACACUCAAUUAGUAUUUGGUAGCAUUGCCUUUACAUUUUUUUACUUGGGUCAAACGUUUCAGGUAGCCUUCCACAAGCUUCCCACAAUAAAUUGGGUGAAUUUUGGCCCAUUCCUCCUGACAGAGCUGGUGUAACUGAGUCAGGUUUGUAGGCCUCGUUGCUCGCACACGCGUUUUCAGUUCUGCCCACACAUUUUCUAUAGGAUUGAGGUCAGGGCUUUGUGAUAGCCACUCCAAUACCUUGACUUUGUUGUCCUUAAGCCAUUUUGCCACAACUUUGGAAGUAUGCUUGGGGUCAUUGUCCAUUUGGAAGAGCCAUUUGCGACCAAGCUUUAACUUUCUGACUGAUGUCUUGAGAUGUUGCUUCAAUAUAUCCACGUAAUUUUCCUUCCUCAUGAUGCCAUCUAUUUUGUGAAGUGCACCAGUCCCUCCUGCAGCAAAGCACCCCCACAGCAUGAUGCUGCCACCCUCGUGCUUCACGGUUGGGUUGGUGUUCUCGGCUUGCAAGCAACCCCCUUUUUCCUCCAAACAUAACGAUGGUUCAUUAUGGCCAAACAGUUCUAUUUUUGUUUCAUCAGACCAGAGGACAUUUCUCCAAAAAGUACAAUCUUUGUCCUCAUGUGCAGUUGCAAACCGUAGUCUGGCUUUUUUAUGGAGGUUUUGGAGCAGUGGCUUCUUCCUUGCUGAGCGGCCUUUCAGGUUAUGUCGAUAUAGGACUCGUUUUACUGUGGAUAUAGAUACAUUUGUACCCGUUUCCUCCAGCAUCUUCACAAGGUCCUUUGCUGUUGUUCUGGGAUUCAUUUGCACUUUUCGCACCAAAGUAUGUUCAUCUCUAGGAGAGAGAACGGGUCUCCUUCCUGAGCGGUAUGACGGCUGCGUGGUCCCAUGGUGUUUAUACUUGCGUACUAUUGUUUGUACAGAUGAACGUGGUACCUUCAGACAUUUGGAAAUUGCUCCCAAGGAUGAACCAGACUUGUGGAGGUCUACAAUUUUCUUUCUGAGGUCUUGGCUGAUUUCUUUUGAUUUUCCAUGAUGUCAAGCAAAGAGGCACAGAGUUUGAAGGUAGGCCUUGAAAUACAUCCACAGGCACACCUCCAGUUGACUCAACUGAUGUCAAUUAGCCUAUCAGAAGCUUCUAAAGCAAUAAGAUCAUUUUCUGAAAUUUUCCAAGCUGUUUAAAGGCACAGUCAACUUAGUUUAUGUAAACUUCUUACCCACUGGAAUUGUGAUACAGUGAAAUAAUCUGUCUGUAAACAAUUGUUGGAAAAAUUACUUGUGUCAUGCACAAAGUAGAUGUCCUAACCGACUUGCCAAAACUAUAGUUUGUUAACAAGACAUUUGUGGAGUGGUUGAAAAACGAGUUUUGAUGACUCCAAGCCAAGUGUAUGUAAACUUCCGACUUCAACUGUAAAUAUACACACAUAAUGUAGGUUGGUGUGGCAACCAAAAUAGGACAUUGCAUCUACUCUUUUAUAAAAGCCUCAUAAAUACAGGAAAAUAAUUGUUCUGCCAUAGUUUUACAAUAUAACAGUUUAAUCAUUGACGGCCUCCUUCUUUUCAGAACCCUGACAUGUCCGGUCCCACCUGGCUGCCGCCAAGGACUCUGGGUAGCCCAGAGAGAGCUGUUCCCCAGACGUCCCACUCCGGGCCAGUCAUGUACAGACAGCCGCCCAUGAAGGUCUCCUCGGACCCCCGGCCCAAGUAUGGGGUCUAUGACCAGAAAGGAGGAGGAGGAAUGGCCACUAGGUACAUGGCUACUGGACCCACAGGUAGGAACAUGGUGGUGGGCCUUACAUUACACUGGGCUUGUGUCUUGUGUGAAACCUUGCUCUAAUGAAAACCUGUGAUAAACUAUUGUCAAUAAUGAAAAUCAAAAGUCAGUUAAUACGUACAGUGGGGAGAACAAGUAUUUGAUACACUGCCGAUUUUGCAGGUUUUCCUACUUACAAAGCAUGUAGAGGUCUGUAAUUUUUAUCAUAGGUACACUUCAACUGUGAGAGACGGAAUCUAAAACAAAAAUCCAGAAAGUCACAUUGUAUGAUUUUUAAGUAAUUAAUUUGCAUUUUAUUGCAUGACAUAAGUAUUUGAUACAUCAGAAAAGCAGAACUUAAUAUUUGGUACAGAAACCUUUGUUUGCAAUUACAGAGAUCAUUCGUUUCCUGUAGGUCUUGACCAGGUUUGCACACACUGCAGCAGGGAUUUUGGCCCACUCCUCCAUACAGACCUUCUCCAGAUCCUUCAGGUUUCGGGGCUGUCACUGGGCAAUACGGACUUUCAGCUCCCUCCAAAGAUUUUCUAUUGGGUUCAGGUCUGGAGACUGGCUAGGCCACUCCAGGACCUUGAGAUGCUUCUUACGGAGCCACUCCUUAGUUGCCCUGGCUGUGUGUUUCGGGUCGUUGUCAUGCUGGAAGACCCAGCCACGACCCAUCUUCAAUGCUCUUACUGAGGGAAGGAGGUUGUUGGCCAAGAUCUCGCGAUACAUGGCCCCAUCCAUCCUCCCCUCAAUAUGGUGCAGUCGUCCUGUCCCCUUUGCAGAAAAGCAUCCCCAAAGAAUGAUGUUUCCACCUCCAUGCUUCACGAUUGGGAUGGUGUUCUUGGGGUUGUACUCAUCCUUCUUCUUCCUCCAAACACGGCGAGUGGAGUUUAGACCAAAAAGCUCAAUUUUUGUCUCAUCAGACCACAUUACCUUCUCCCAUUCCUCCUCUGGAUCAUCCAGAUGGUCAUUGGAAAACUUCAGACGGGACACGCGCUUGCUUGAGCAGGGGGACCUUGCGUGCGCUGCAGGAUUUUAAUCCAUGACGGCGUAGUGUGUUACUAAUGGUUUUCUUUGAGACUGUGGUCCCAGCUCUCUUCAGGUCAUUGACCAAGUCCUGCCGUGUAGUUCUGGGCUGAUCCCUCACCUUCCUCAUGAUCAUUGAUGCCCCACGAGGUGAGAUCUUGCAUGGAGCCCCAGACCGAGGGUGAUUGACCGUCAUCUUGAACUUCUUCAAUUUUCUAAUAAUUGCGCCAACAGUUGUUGCCUUCCCACCAAGCUGCUUGCCUAUUGUCCUGUAGCCCAUCCCAGCCUUGUGCAGGUCUACAAUUGUAUCCCUGAUGUCCUUACACAGCUCUCUGGUCUUGGCCAUUAUGGAGAGGUUGGAGUCUGUUUGAUUGAGUGUGUGGACAGGUGUCUUUUAUACAGGUAACGAGUUCAAACAGGUGCAGUUAAUACAGGUAAUGAGUGGAGAACAGGAGGGCUUCUUAAAGAAAAAUGAACAGGUCUGUGAGAGACGGAAUUCUUACUGGUUGGUAGGUGAUCAAAUACUUAUGUCAUGCAAUAACAUGCAAAUGAAUUACUUAAAAAUCAUACAAUGUGAUUUUCUGGAUUUUUGUUUUAGAUUCUGUCUCUCUCACAGUUGAAGUGUACCUAUGAUAAAAAUUACAGACCUCUACAUGCUUUGUAAGUAGGAAAACCUGCAAAAUUGGCAGUGUAUCAAAUACUUGUUCUCCCCACUGUAGCUCAAGAGUGUUAGACCUGACACAAGAUUGAGUACUCCAACGCUUUGGUGAUUAGAACUGGCACAAUAUUGAUGAAAAAAAGUGAUUAUGUCAAUGUACAUUAUGGUCAUCUACUCUUGUUUGUAAAUGUAAAGUUUACUGUGUCGUAUUUGUUGUAAAGGUGGGCCCAUGCAGCACCAGCACCAAGAGGACCCAGAGUUUCACCCUAAAUCUAAGGAGCACUACUACCACGGGUCCAAAGAAGACCGCUCCCGGAACCCUCACAUGGACAGCUAUGAGCUAAUGGUAGGUGGGACAUCAUUGGUUUUGUAGCCUGGAAUCCACACUGAUUAUUGCUCCAUUUCGCCACAAUGUUCAGUGUGGUUUCCAGAUUAGUUAGGUUUUCAACCUAAUUGCAUGUAGAUAGACUAGUUAUGAUUAUUGUCAUGGAGCAUGACAUUGCUCAUAUCCAAUAUUCAAAUAAAAAAGUAAUGAGACUACAUUUGCUCUACCUACCUAUCUAUCUAUCUCCUGUUGUGAAAUGUUAUAAAGGCAUGCAACUUGUGUGUGUGAUCCUACUCUGUGAUUUCAGCAUCGUGGACCUGAGAAGCCGAGUGGACGCCACUCCAACAUCGAUGCAGAGAUUGACUCUCUCACCUGCAUGCUGGCCGAUCUGGACAGCCAUCCACAGAACAGCACACAGGUAGGCUACCUGACUGACUACAUGUGAGGAAUAAAGGAUUCCCCAGAAACAUAAUAUAUUACUAACUUUAUUUUUUAAAUCAUAUCUGGCUGAAAGUGUAUCACAGGUUCUUCUGGAUGUUUACGCCUGGGUUGUUAGUCACAGUAAUUCAUUUAAUAAAAAAGGCAAAAAAAUUAUUGAUGGUUCCUUUCCAUCCCUUCACAGCUGUACGACAACGUGCCUUACAACAAACACAUCUCAGGGGACCGCUACAAACCUACAACCCAGCCAGGAGCACCCUCUCAGGGCAGGCCGUCCAUGGGUUACCCCCCUCAUCCCCAGUCCCAGUACCAUCCAGCACCCCUAUACCCCAGUGAUCCCCACCAGGUUCCCCAGUACUCCCCCCAGCCAGACUACACCUACGCCCAGGUCUCCAAACCCUACCCCCAGCCCGUUCCUGCCUCCUACACCACCUCUUCCACCCCUACUGGCCCGAGGUUCAGCGUCCAGGUAAAAACAGCCCAGCCUGUCACCUACUCCCAGACUGGUAGACAAGCCGAGCAGGCUUACACCCCUCCUCCACCCCACCAGCACACCUCACGUCCCCCACCCCAGAACCAGACGGGCCCCCAGGGCUGGUACCCUCCCCAUCCCGCAUCCCAAGCCCAGGAGCUGCACUGUGAUGGGGCCUACAAGGAGAUCCCCGGGGGGUCUAGAGGGCGUGGGAACCAGGGCCCCACGCCCAAGAGGGGCCUGGAGAUUCACCAAUCAGGGUCAGGCUCGGCCCCAAGUCCUGCCUAUCAGCCCAGCAAGGUGAGUGUCUCUGUAGAGUUCAGAUAUCAUCUACUCUACAGCAUGCUCUGCUGCUUCUUCUAAAGUAUGGUCCUUUUAGAAUACUUGUAUCCUCAGUCUCUUGGUUUCACUGAUCUGAAUGGAAAAUAAUUAAUCAUAUUUGUCCAGCAGGGGUCAGCAGCUCCGAGGCAAGAGGAGGAGUUGGACCGGCUCACUAAGAAGUUGGUGUAUGACAUGAAUCACCCACCUGCAGAGGAAUACUUUGGUACGUCUCUCUUUCUUUCUAACAAUUGUAUGUCCUUUGUGUUGACUGCACUGUUAUUUACAUCUUAAUUUCCCCUUGGGCUACAAAGUAAAAAUCUCAUAUCUUCCUAGUCUCAUCUUUUCUCCUCUCUCCCUUUCCCUCCAUACUAUCAGGUCGCUGUGCGCGUUGCGGUGACAAUGUGCUUGGCGACGGCAGUGGCUGUAUCGCCAUGGAGCAGGUGUUCCACGUGGAGUGUUUCACAUGCAUCACCUGCCACGCCCGUCUCCGGGGACAACCCUUCUAUGCCCUGGACAAGAAGAGCUACUGCGAGAGCUGUUACAUUGUGAGUGGCUGGCCCUUCUCCUUCUCUUUUUGUUCUAAAUUCUUUAGUAGUAUUCCCUGAUUUCAUCAGUUGAUCUCUCCAUCCUGCUCCGUAUCUAUUGGAUUCACGAGUAGUACCCUCACUAGUGCUGAACCGUAAGUGCUUUUUGAGGUCGUUUUCGGUUCGAUUAUGAAAAAAUAAUCACGGUUUUCUAUUUCGGUAAUAAAAAAAUAAAAACAUGCAUUAUGUGGGUUGAAUGCUGCAACACAUAAUAAAACAAUUUAUAAAACUCCCAUGAUGGUAAUGACUUCCCAUUACUCCCGUUAUCAGUUAUUAACCAUCAUUUAGUCACAUUACUUUACUUUAAUAAAAUAUUUCAGUUGUUGUGUACAGUGCUGUGAAAAAGUAUUUGCCCCCUUUCAAAUUGUCUCUACUUUUGCAUAUUUUUGAUACUGAAUGUUAUCAGAUCUUCAACCAAAACCUAAUAUUAGAUAAAGGGAACCUGAGUGAACAAAUAACACAACAAUUACAUACUUUUUUAUUUAUUUCAUCAACAAAGUUAUGCAACACCCAAUUCGCCUGUGUGAAAAAGUAAUUGUCCUCUUACACUCAAUAACUGGUUGUGCCACCUUUAGCUGCAAUGACUGCAACCAAAUGCUUCCUGUAGUUGUUGAUCAGUCUCACGUCGCUGUGGAGGAAUUUUGGCCCACUAUUCCAUGAAGAACUGCUUUAACUCAGCGGCAUUUGUGGGAAUUCUACAGGAGAAUGUCAGGCCAUCUGUCUGUGAGCUGAAGCUGAAGCGCAGCUGGGUCAUGCAGCAAGACAAUGAUCCAAAACACACAAUCAAGUCUACAUGAAAAUGGCUAAAAAGUGACACAUUUGAAGUUUUGGAAUGGCCUAGUCAAAGUCCAGACCUAAUCCCAAUUGAGAUGUUGUGGCAGGACUUGAAACGAGUAGGUUUAUGUGCAGUUCAUCAUAUUUGAUGACUUUAUUAUUUCAUUCCAAGUCAUCAUCUCAUCUCUAUAGAGCUGCUGCCUGUGCUGUCUGACAAAAUCACAAUUUUAGUAGUUCUUCAAAGUAAAUAAGGCAUACCUUUUAUGACUGCUGAAUACCAACUAUCAGUCACUUAGAUCAUGUAUUUUCAGGUAGAGAUACCUCGCGAAGCAACUGCUCUCUAAACCCUCUCGAUCACACAUUUGUCUGUCUCUUCUCUCUGUGUCUGCUCCACACUAACCUACCGUAGCAGGCGUAAAAGAAACACACAGACCGGACAAGUAGGCGUGCAAUGGAUUAUGGUCAUUGUAGUAAAUUACCAUGUUUUCUGUGCUAAACUAUGAAGAACAGGGGUGUCAACCUCAUUCCACGGGGGGCCAAGUGUCUGCGGGUUUUUGGUUUUUUCCUUUCAAUUAAGACCUAGACAACCAGGUGAGGGGAAUUCCUUGCUAAUUAGUGAGCUUAAUUCAUCAAUCAAGUACAAGGGUGGAGCGAAAACCUGCAGACAUUCGGCCCUCCGUGGGAUGAGUUUGACACGUGAUGUGGAAUAUUGGCCUGUUGGAAACUACAACUCCCUACUACAUCGCACAGUUCGGGUUUGAUUUGAUUUAUCUCUAGAGAAACUGCGGAAUGUGCGCUUUGAGCUCACAGAAGAUAAAAACCCGAAAUGGAAUUCCAAUAAUUGAACCGACGUUGGUCAAUUAGUUGUUUAAAAAACAAAAAAUAACCAACAUUUCGGUAAUCACACUGGCACUAUCUCUCUCACACACACACACACUAUUCUGUCUGAACCUGUGCUGCCCCUCUCCGUCUCAGAGUACCCUAGAGCGCUGCUCUAAGUGCUCCAAGCCCAUCUUGGACCGUAUCCUGCGGGCCAUGGGCAAGGCCUACCACCCGCGCUGCUUCAACUGUGUGGUGUGUGGCUGCUGCCUGGAUGGAGUUCCCUUCACCGUGGACGCCACCUCCCAGAUUCACUGCAUAGAUGACUUCCACAGGUCAGCAGCUCAACAAACGGAGUAUCUCAGGGCCAGAUACUACCUGUACUUUUUUAAACAAGCAAUGAACUGGGACGCUAGCACAAGUCUCCCAUUUCACUUUUGUCUCUUGAGAUAACAUUCAGCCAUUGACGUGAUUCUACUAGACAGAUUAUUAUAUCUGACUGUGAUGUUCGUGUCCCACCCUCUGAUCUGGUACGUCCUGCUUCCUGUCCUAAACAGGAAGUUUGCCCCCCGCUGCUCAGUGUGUGGCCAGGCCAUCAUGCCCGAACCGGGACAGGAGGAGACAGUCAGGAUAGUGGCGCUGGACCGCAGCUUCCACGUCAACUGCUAUGUGUGUGAGGUGAGUAGUAGUAGUAAUGUUCAUGAGUGCAUGUCGUUGUUAGUAAAAUAGCUCGCUCAAGUUGAAUGACGUUUCCAGUUUGGCAGGCUAUCACAUUAGAUGUACAAAGGCCAUUCAGUUUAACCCAAUCAGUGUUCCUGGAUUGACCCUGUGUUUUCUCUGUCCAGGAGUGUGGUUUGCUCCUGUCCUCUGAGGGCGAGGGGCGAGGUUGUUACCCCCUGGACGGUCACAUCCUGUGUAAGGGCUGCAGCGCCCGCCGCAUCCAGGACCUCUCCGCCAAAAUCUCCACUGACUGCUAACCAGCUAGGGGACGUCACCUCUGACCCUGCAAUCCUUCCAUUACUUUCACCUGCUCCGGGGUAGAAGUUGCCCUAAAGAAUAUAUCUGAGACCAGUUUAACCCCUCUCCAAAUCAUAACCUUAACCGCAAGGGGGGAAAUGUUAAAGUAACUCUAGAUCAGUUUCUAAGGGCAACUUCACCCUACUCUACUUUUUCAUACUCAUAUAGUCAAUCUUCAUUCUUCAGAUGCCCAAUGCUGUGGAAUCAGUAGUACCCUGUAACCUUAAACUGUCUCACAGUCUUCAAUAUUAUGUCAUUAUUUAAUUUCACUUGACCAGGUUUAUUGAUACAUGAUUACAGGUUAAAGACAGGGUAUUGAAACAUGGAUUGACAACAAGUUCCACCACUAUUCCCUAUCCACUAUUCC